AUGCAGUUUUUGCCAAAAAACUAUGGAAACUUUGACCUCGUCAAGCAACACAAACUAGAUUUCACCGAUGUCGCCGUUUCCAAAUGGCAAAGUCGCGUAACGGGCCUCACCGUCAUUCACUUGGAUUACGAAGCGCCAAUAAUCAACGGCUACUUCGUGGUGCCAACUGAAAUUUUUGACGACUCGGGGUGCCCACACACGCUGGAACACCUUGUCUUUAUGGGAUCUGAAAAGUAUCCCUACAAAGGGAUCCUAGAUCUCUUCGCCAACCGAGGCUUUUCGAAUGGAACCAAUGCAUGGACGGACACCGACCACACCGCCUACACCGUAUCCACUGCUGGAGAGCAGGGAUUCCUCCAGCUGCUUCCCAUCUACCUCGAUCAUAUUCUAUAUCCAACUAUCACUGAUGCGGGGUUUGUAACUGAGGUACACCACAUCAACGGCAAAGGCGAAGACUCUGGCGUGGUCUACAGCGAAAUGCAAGGUCGUGAAAAUACCCCAGGGGACUUGAUGGCUCUCAAGUUGCAACGGUUGUUGCAUCCAUUAGGGAGUGCCUACCGUAGCGAAACAGGCGGCCUGAUGGAGGCCCUGCGUGUCCUCACACCACAGCAAAUACGAGAUUACCACUCCACGUAUUACGUCCCCCACAAUCUCGCCCUCGUCGUUGGCGGCAAAUUCUCGAAGGGAACGGAAUCUUUGUUGCGGGUUGUCCAAAAUGAGAUUGAGCCCACGCUCAUUAAACACGGCCAAGACAAGGGUCCACGACCAACCGGGUGGAAGAGGCCGUUCGUUGAAACCGACAGCGCCAAACGGUUGCCUAUCGAGAAGGAUACCCUUGAGGUCGUGGAAUUCCCUGAGAAGGAUGAAACUUCCCAGGUCCUCCCUCAAAUCAUUUCCUCGAACGCAAGGCGAGCUUUGGACAUGCUGAGCAUCUAUCUCACCUCCUCGCCGGUGGCACCUUUGAACAAAGAGUUCAUCGAAAUCGAGUCUCCUCUCUGCUCAUAUAUCUACUUUGGCGAAGACGUAAGGGCCACUCGGAACGAUUUGCCCGUCUAUAUCGGCUCGGUCCCUACGGAAGAACUUCACGAUUUUCCCAAGAAACUUAAGGCCACCUUGCAACGGAUCGUCGAGAAGGAUGGUAUCGAUAUGGAGAGGAUGCAGGUAGUAAUCAAUCGCGACGAGCGACAGCUCAGGAGCAAAUUGGAAUCUGCUAAAGGCGACACUUUCUCUGGUACAAUCAUCAGCGAUGUCCUCUAUGGGAAAACAGACGGGUCGGAAUUGGGACCCUCGAUGGACGAAAUCAACUAUUACCAACAACUUCGCCAAUGGACAGCCGAGCAAUGGAAAGCUCUUCUCCAAAAGUACUACAUCGAUCCCCCAUCCGUCGUCGUCGUUGGCAGGCCUUCGGGCACGCUUGCUGAGAAGCUGGAAAAGGAUGAAAUCAAGCGCAUUGAGGAGCAAGUUGCCAGACUUGGCCCAGAAGGCCUGAAGAAGGCAGAAGCUGAGCUGGAGGCCGCCAAGGCUGAACACGACAGACCUAUCCCCGACGAUAUCCUCACUUCGUUCCCUGUUCCUGACGUCAAGGGCAUCUCUUGGAUCCCAGUCAGUACCCUGCAGCAACCGGGACAGGGUCGUCAGCCUGGCAAAUACGUUCAGCAGUCACCCGAGUUGUCCAAGCACAUCGACUCUGACGGCCAACUACUUCCGUUCUUCGUGGAGUAUGACCAUGUUGAGUCCGAUUUCACCACUAUCAACGCAUUCCUAUCCUUGAAAAAUGUUCCGGACCAUCUGCGACCACUCAUGUCCACUUACCUCUCGUCAUUUUUCUCCCUCCCGGUUACACGCUCCUCCGGAGAGCGCUUGUCGCAUGAAGAGGUAGUCAAUAGACUCGAAGACGAGACAGUGUCAUAUGAAGCCGCUGCCGGUCUCUCUGGAUCGUUCACCGAUCUCUUCCGUGUGAGCAUAAAGGUCGAAAAGGCCAAAUACGAAAUGGCGGUCUCCUGGCUGAACGACUUGUUGUACAAUGCUGAAUUCGACAAGGAUCGAUUGGCUGUAGUUGCUGCCAAAAUCCAGCAAUCCCUUCCGGAGCUUAAGCGAGAUGGCAACACCGUUCUGAAUUCGCUAUGGAGCGACUUGAUCUUCAGCGAACAGUCGACUUCCCGGGCGAGCACUGUGCUCCCCCAGGUCGAAUUCAUCCCCCAACUCGUCAAGCGUUUGCAAGAGAGUCCAGAGGAGGUGAUCAAGGAAUUCGAGGAGAUCCGCAAACAUGUUACCGAUCCCGCUGGAAUUCGCUUCUCUGUGUCCGGAAAUGUCUUUGACAUUCCCAAGCCGAGGAGCACCUGGGCCAAGUACUUCUCUAAACUGCAUCCCGUCGAACUCGCCCCUGUCCCAAUGGCAUCGGAAACCCUGAGUGAAAUUGGCAAUCUUCCAUCCAAGAAGGCUAUUGUCAUGAGCCUUCCAACGAUCGAAAGCGCUUUCGUCUCCCAUACCACCAAGAGCAUUCAAGGGUUCGACCACCCAGAAUACCCUGCUGUACGCCUCGCUGCCGAGGUGCUGAACGCCACAGAAAGUUAUCUCUGGCGGUACAUCCGAGGCUCUGGUCUGGCUUAUGGAGCAUACGUCAGCCUUGAUCCUGAAACAGGACUGUUGACCUUCUCCGUGUACAGGAGCUCCAACUGCAUUGGCGCCUUUGAGGAGGCCAAGAAGGUUAUCAAUGGAUUGGCUGAUGGCACAGUCGAAUUCAACGAUUCCGUGCUCGAUGCAGCAAAGAGUACCAUUGUGUACGGAGUGGCCAGGAAUGUGUCAACGAGUGGGCGCGCAGCCCUCGUCUCGUUCGUUAACCAAGCCCUCAAAGGCCUUCCCCAACGAUACCAGGUUGAUCUUUUGGAGAAAUAUCAGAAGCUCACCAAAGAAGAUGUUCUGGCCGCAUUGAAGAAAUACUACCUGCCGCUGUUCAAUUCUGAGAGUUCAGUGGCAGUCGUCGUCACUGCACCAGCCAAAGCAGAAGCUAUCGCCGAGUCAUUGAAGAGUGAAGGCUUCGAGGUUACGCAACGCUCGCUGGAGGCGGAUCCUUCCGAGAUGGAGGACGGUUCUGAGGAGUCAGAGAGUGGCGACGAGAGCGACUCUAGUAGGUAG